AUGACGGACUGGAAAAAGGUAACCAAACCCCGCCUUACUUUGAUGCAGACACAGGGAACGCGUGAUUAUACCAGUGUAGACGGACGUCUUGCCACCCUCUGCAUUAGCAAUCAAAACUUGGGCGAAAUGCAGAUGACUUCAAAAUUGACUCCGAUUGCUGCCAAGGCUUACUCAGUUUCAUCGUACUUGUCUGCUCUUUACUAUGGACAGUAUGAAGAGGAGGCCGAAGGAACAUAG